AUGGGUAACACUAUAGUAACAAAAGCUGAAUUGUCGUAUAAGGAUAUAUUUCAUAUAUGUAAGGAUUUGUAUAAUUCACUUUUAUAUAAUAUGUUCAAAACUCAUGUAUAUUCUAAGUUGAAAAAAGAAUGCAAUGUUUUUAAUCAAAGAGUUCAACAUGAUCCACAUCCCAAUUAUAAUUUUACUUCACCUUGCGAGAAACAUGGUCUUUAUUUACAUGAAAUAAAACAUAAAAAAAGUGAAAAUUAUAGAAAGCCAUAUUGUAAUUUUUAUAUCUACCAACUAAAACGUGAAUUAAAGCAUAAAAUUCCUAAAAUUUAUAGGUUUGAUGAGGCUCACGAUCAAUUGAUAAAUGUAUAUAAAAAAUCAGGCGUACAUAUACCUGAUGUAUGUAAAGAAUAUGUAUCAUUAAUGGAAGAUAAUGGACUUAUAAAACCUGAUAAAAUAACGCUUAACAAUAAUACUAUUCAAGAAGAACUGGAUAAAUUUAGAAGAGAUUUUCAUGAAUACCCUCUAGGAAAUACUUACAAAUAUGAAGAUGAAUUGUUGAAAUCUUCCUUGGGAAAAGUGGACAUAAGUGCCACCACAGCAGAAGCAUUAUCAGGAGAUAGUACAAAUUCAGUGACGCGGACAAGCACAGGUGUUUUAUUUUUUGCAAUAUUAAUAAUUAUAUUCAUCGUGUAUAAUGUUAAAAAUAAAUUUAAUUAA